UAACAAGGUAUACGUGCACACGACGUGCGUAGUCGGCCAUUGCAUGCAAGUUGCAGCUCGUCCCCUCUCGAGUUGCGCUUUGAAGUAUUGUUAUAUUGUUCGUAAUUAUGGGUGUUCUAGUUGUUAAAAAAUCCACUACAUGCAGAAAAAGUAGGAUCAGUAGAAUGGUGCUAGGGUUGUAUUCCUAGGUAUAGCACACUUUUUUCUAGACAUCCGGGUACUAGAGCCAUCGAAGGCACAAUUUUACAUAUAUAUAUAUAUAUCAAUCACGACCGUGUCUCGUUCGCGAGAAUAGAUUUUUGAAAAAAUACAAUCAGAAUCGCUUUAGCUAGAUCCCUACAGUUGGAGUGACUAACAAUAAGAAACAGUUCGACUUGUUUACUCUCGUAAGCCACAUUUUGGUAUCGUAGUGAUUUCUUCGCAUCGACUUAUUUUUUUUUCUUAAAUAAAUACCAAUUUCAACAAGUUUUUGAGACAAUUAUACACCAUCAUGGGAUCGUCAGGCCAACCAGACCGUUCUCUUGGCGGAGGGUUAUCCUUGCCGCAGUGGAUGAAGAACAAAAUUGAUGCAAGAUUUGACUUUGACGAUUCUACAUUCAGUCCACCUUCUUACGACGACAGCUUCUUUUACGUACGAUAUCCUAAAAGGGAAGAGAAAAAACCUGCAGAGGAAGGAUUCAGACCUAUUAGCGAGGUUUUGAACGAAAAUAAAACCAUCACGGCGGCCACACAAGUGACAUCAUCUCAACCUCAACCUCCUGACUUCAAGGGGGUCAAGGAAAUUGAUUUCAGCAAACACCCGUUGCCUUGUCAACCCUUCAUACCAAAUGCUGUCCAGAAAGUCACGGAUCCAAAACCACCGAAGGCAACUCAUGUUGGAAAAGUGAAAUCUCAGGGUAUUGACGAUGGUUUUCAUGGUCAGUCAGCACUCUGCGGUAAAUCAAUCGUCCACGUAGCUCAUCAAAUGACGUCAGGAAAAGUGACAAAGGGUUUCUCCGUCGAAGCAAAUCAGAUUCAAGAAUCCGCACAAUGCACAUCGAGAAAAGAAAGUAAAUCCUUGCCUGCUACUCCGCUGACGUCGCCCGCAUCGACACCAGAUAAUUCUCCCAAACCACGACGGAAGUUGAUACAAUCAAAUCGCUAUUUCACUGGAGCAUACUUACCUGACAAGGAGAAAUAUCAGGGAGGCUGGAUUCUGGCUAGCAUCUUGGGUCAACAGCGAGAAUCUAUAGUCACUAAAAUCGCGGAAGAAGAUGAAUCAGAAGAGGUCGCUACACCAAUGCCGACGAAUCUUAAUCGUAAGAAGUCAAUUUCGUCGCAGAAUUUGACGUAUAUACCACCAAACGACACUGCCGCGCCAUUGAGUAACAAAAACGUGUACACGAAUGUAUUUCAAGCAAAACCUUCGGAGUUGAGAGAAAUGAACUUUUGGUCCCCCACUUCAAUGUAAUUCUAUUUUCUCCUCACUUACUUAUCUGUACAUUUCUAAAUCAUAUUCACAUCGAUAGACAUGUACAUGUACGAUGGGCUGUUACAGUGAUGAUUAGUGUUCCUCAGAUCCGACUUUCGUAUGGAAGGAGUUUUUCAUGUAUUUUAUCUUCAUUUUUGUCGAUUCUUCAUUGCUUCUGAGUGUAACAGCUUUGCAAUAAAGACGAAAGUCAUCACUUUUGUAUUUCUGACUAUGCAGAAAAAAUUAUCUGAAGUGUUAGUUUCCAUUAUUCAUAAUUUUUUCUCGAGUUUUUUUUUUUUUACCAUAUAACGAUCAUCAUGAUUAUCGGAUUUAACGAUCCGCUCGGACCUAAAUUUUCGUGAUUUUCAAUGAAUUUGAUAUGUGAAGCACUCUCCGGUGUUUGCAUUAUCCGUUUUUCUUCCAUCUAUUUAGUAUCAUUAUUAUUUAUAGCUUUUUUGGCUCUAAUCUUAUAAGCAAAAGUUAGAAUCACUCUAUUUCUGAUUGUAUUUUGCCAUAUGUUCAAUGAAUCUACUUAUAUCAGUAUAAUAGUGGUACAUAAGUUUAAACUUUUUCCUCAACACUAAUUUGACCUGGCGGUUAAGGCUACGCUGAGAUUUCACCGAUUUUUUUUUUUUUUUUUUUUUAACCAAUUUUUGUCUAAUAUUUUGACAAUAGAAAGUAUUUAUUUAUUUGAUUCCAAGGAAAUUUUAGCACUUCUUGAUGGCUUUGAGCUAUAAUUUAUUAUAAAUUGGUGUGUCAUAUGUAUAGUAUAAAACGUAGAGGAAAAAGUAUAAGCAGAGUAACAGUUAACUUUUAAACAGAAUAAAGUACAAAUUCUAUAUUUAUUGCAAUUCAAGUUUCGACCAAAUCCAAAGCAGAAUUAUAAUCACUGUAAAAGGCAUCUUUAAAGAUGCACUCAGACACUUAAUGCGAAUUCCAAAAUAUUCGAUGAUUUGAAAACAAGCAAGAUAAAAAGUAUAAUGAAGAUGAAUAAGUCUAAUCAAAAAAGUUUUCCCGAAAAAAAAAAAAAGAAUACGGCGUAUAUUUUUUGCUCUUUAUAUUAAAUGGCAA